UAUCAAUCUUUUUAAACUAUACUGAUAUAUAUAUAUAUAUAUAUACAUACGUGUGGACGGAAGAUGGUUACUUUGGUCAACGGUACUGCUUCCCCGACGGUGAAGUGUCCGGUGGUAGUUAUGAAGGCAACGUCGAACGGAGUGUUCGAAGGAGAGAGCCCAUUAGACUUCGCUCUUCCUCUUGUCAUUCUUCAGAUUUGUCUUGUCGUCGCCGUCACUCGCUCUUUGGCCUUUCUUCUCCGUCCCAUGAGACAGCCACGUGUUGUCGCAGAGAUCAUCGGUGGGAUACUUCUGGGCCCGUCGGCUCUCGGUAGAAUCACGGCGUACGAGAACUCGAUUUUCCCGGCGAGAAGUCUGACGGUGCUCGACACUCUAGCAAACCUCGGACUCCUUCUCUUCCUCUUCCUCGUCGGCCUCGAGAUCGAUCUGAAAUCUCUCCGCCGCACCGGCAAAAAAGCGAUAUCCAUCGCCGCUGCCGGAAUGCUCCUCCCUUUCGCGAUGGGCGUCGUCAUCUCCUUCGCUUUCCCAGAAGCUUCUUCUUCUUCCGGCGAAAAUAACAGAGUAGUUCCGUUCAUCAUUUUCAUGGGAGUCGCGCUCUCGAUCACCGCUUUCGGGGUUUUGGCUCGAAUCCUCGCCGAAUUAAAGCUUCUCACCACCGAUAUCGGCCGGAUUUCAAUGUCAGCCGCCGCUAUCAACGACGUCGCCGCUUGGGUUCUCCUCGGUAUCGCCGUUUCUCUCUCCAGCGAUCGGAAUUCCCCGCUUGUUCCUCUCUGGGUUCUGUUAUGCGGAAUUGCGUUUGUGAUCGCUUGUUUUCUAAUCGCACCGUAUAUUUUCAGUUUCAUCUCUCGGCGGUGCCCAGAAGGCGAACCCAUAGACGAGAAGUACGUUUGCGUUGCGCUUUGCGCGGUUCUGAUCGCGGGUUUCGCGACAGACGCUAUUGGAAUCCACGCGAUUUUUGGUGCGUUUGUAAUAGGCGUAUUGUUUCCAAAAGGGCAUUUCGCAGAUGCGAUUGUAGAGAAAACUGAAGAUAUCGUCAUGGGUCUUCUUCUACCAUUGUACUUCGUCAUGAGCGGUUUGGAAACGGACAUAACUACGAUCCAUGGUCUGAAAUCGUGGGGACGACUCGCGUUGGUGAUCGUUACGGCUUGUUUUGGGAAGAUCGCCGGGACUGUGGGUGCUGCCUUGUUGUGCAAGGUAGGGCUUCGUGAUUCGCUUGUUCUCGGGGUUCUAAUGAGCACAAGGGGUUUAGUUGAGCUUAUUGUUCUCAAUAUUGGCAAAGACAGAAAGGUUUUAAGCGAUCAGACUUUUGCAAUUAUGGUUCUCAUGGCGACCUUCACGACAUUCAUCACAACGCCAGUUGUCAUGGCGUUUUACAAACCAGGCGAGACAACGCAAACGCAGGAUAGCGAUAGCUACAAGAACCAAAAACGCAGACGCAAGAUUGAGAGUGAUAAAGAAGAUGAGAAAACGCAGCAGCUUAAGGUUCUGAUAUGUCUUCAAAGCAGGAGAGAUAUUCAACCAAUGAUGAAGAUAAUCGAAGCUUCUCGUGGAAGCAACGAAACCAAAGAAAGAUUUUGCGUUUACGUAAUCCAUAUAACUCAACUAUCGGAGAGACCUUCUGCGAUUCGAAUGGUUCAAAAGGCAAGAAGAAACGGUUUGCCCUUUUGGAACAAGAAAAGAGAUAACUCUAGUGCGGUUGUGGCUGCUUUCGAAGCAUCUGGUAACCUUAGAAACAUUUUAGUGCGUUCUGUGACCGCGAUCUCACCGUUGUCAACGAUUCACGAAGAUAUAUGUAGCUCAGCGGAUAGAAAACGUGCAGCGUUUGUGAUUUUGCCGUUUCAUAAGCAGUGGAGAUCUCUGGAGCAAGAAUUUGAAACGGUGAGGUCAGAAUUUCAGGGGAUUAACAAAAGAGUUCUUGAGAAUUCGCCGUGUUCCGUCGGAAUCUUGGUCGAUCGUGGUCUCGGUGACAAUGAUUCUGAAGUAGCUUCGAGCAGCUUUUCGCUUUCCGUCAAUGUUUUGUUCUUUGGUGGUUGCGAUGACCGUGAAGCUUUGGCUUACGGGUUACGAAUGGCAGAACAUCCCGGGGUUAAGUUGACCGUUGUGGUUAUCUCUGGUCCGGAGAUCUCAAGAUUUGACAUACUUGAAGCGCAAGAAACAUCAAAAAAAAAUUUAGACGAGCAAUUCCUAGCCACAAUCAAGAAUAGGGUAAAUGCGAUAGGAUUUGAAGAGAGGAAAGUGAAUUCGACGGGUGAAGCGGUUGAAGCGGUUGAGGUUAUCCGGGAGUUUUGCGGGUGCGAUAUUGUAUUGGUCGGAAAAUCUUCGGAAGUUCCCAUAGUUUCGAAACUACCGGUUAUGAAGAUAGAGUGUCCGGAACUUGGACCGGUCGGAAACUUGAUCGUUUCAAAUGAGGUUUCUACUUCGGUGUCGGUUUUAGUGGUUCAACAGUACACUGCAAAAAAAAUUCCCGUCGUGGUUUCAGCAUCUGUUGCGGUGGAGACGCCGUGAAAAACUGAAAACAGAGGAGGAACUUUUCUUCUUUUUCUUCAACUUGAAGCACAGAAAAAGAUAAAUAACACAAAACAGAGGAAGAUGUUUUCUUUACUCUGAAACACAAGAAAAUUAGUGACACAAACUAUACUCUAGCUUGAUAGAUUAUUUAUAGCGUUUUAUCAACGUUACUUGUAUUUUAUUUAUGUAAAUACUUAAGAUAUAGCAUUAUGGGUUGGAUUGGUUCGAUCAA